GCUAGUUUAAGGCUAGCUACAAUCGCUAGCUGCCUGUUUUAGUUUUUUUUUUUUUUUUUGACACUAGAGGGAUUAAACUAACCAAAUAUCACCAUGUCUUCAAAGACUCUACCUCUGCUUUUCAUCAACCUCGGUGGAGAAAUGCUGUACAUCCUGGACCAGCGGCUUCGAGCUCAGAAUAUCCCUCCUGUCAAGUCUGAGAAAGUUAUGAAUGACAUCAUCACCACCAUGUUCAACAAAAAGUUCCUGGAGGAGCUUUUCAAGCUGCAGGAGCUUUACUCCAAGAAGGCACUGCGGACUGUGUUCGACAGGCUGGCCCACGCCUCCAUAAUGAGACUCAAUCAAGCUAGCAUGGACAAGCUCUACGACUUGAUGACCAUGGCUUUCAAGUACCAGGUGCUUCUCUGUCCUCGGCCCAAAGACAUCCUCCUGGUCUCCUUCAACCACAUGGAUGCAAUCAAAGACUUUGUGAAAAACUCUCCCGGUAUUCUCAGCCAGAUUGAUGACACAUACAGGAAGCUCAUAGAGAUGUACACACCCUUAUCUAGUGGUGAAUUCCAGCUGAUUAGACAAACUCUUCUUAUCUUCUUCCAAGACAUGCAUAUAAGGGUGUCUAUUUUCCUCAAGGACAAAGUGCAGAACUCCAAUGGCCGCUUUGUACUUCCCACCAGUGGUCCAGUGCCCCAUGGAACAAAAAUUCCAGGCUUGAUAAGGAUGUUUAGCUGUACAGGUGAGGAGAUCAGCAGGCUGCAGUUCAAUAAUGCAGGAAACUAUACUGGUGCUCUCCGGGAAGGAUCUUUUGAGAGUUUCGGAGACAGGGUCACCAAACUAGGAACAAACAUGUACAGUGUGAGCCGCCCAGUGGAAACCCAUAUGUCAGGAACAUCUAAAAACUCUGCUCAACACACUAAGGUCAAUGCUGCUCCCAACCCUCUGGCCAAAGAGGAGCUGAACCUGUUGGCCAGGUUAAUGGGAGGUUUAGAGGUUCAGAAACCAGGAAACGCAGACAGUGGCUUCCGGAUCAACCUCUUUGCUACUGAUGAGGAAGAAGAAGAGGCAUUAAUAUCAAGACCAGAUGAGCUUUCAUAUGGAGUCAUAAAAAUCCAAGCAACAAAGGACCAACAGGCCAAUGCUGAGCUGGCCAAAAUCAUGGGGGAAUUCACAGAGUCUGGAGAUCAAUCUCCCAGUGCCAGCAGCAAAGGAGAUGACCUUCUGGCCAUGAUGGACGGCCUGUGACAUGUUCUCCCUGACAGAAAUGCCCAGGGGUUGGAACACAAUGCAUUGUCAACAGUCUGUUCUACUGUAGAGUAGUCCGCUGCCGGCACCUGCAAAUACACUGCGACAAACUCACAUGCAGCCAGAAAGCCUUGUCUUUGGGUGCUUUUUAAAUGCAGAUGUAUGCAGGUGUUUCAGUUGAUGAAAUGACCAACUGCAAAUUUGCAUCACCAACAACAAAGGAUAUGUGGGGAGCCAAGCUUUAAGAUAUAAUACACUGUAAUGGUUUGCUGUAAACUGAGAGGAGAUGAGGUGCAUUGAGAAAUACAGUAGGCUUAUAUUAGUGUGUUGAAUAUGUGUAUGUGGUAAUGGCCCAACAUCUGUUUGUAUAAUGUCAAGAUGUUGCAUUUUCUUACACAUUUAACUCAGUCUCUGCUGCUGUUUCACACAUCAUUUGACCUAGAUUUUAAUAACACAUCACAGUUUCAGAUAAUUUUCAGGUUCAUAGUCCAUAAUUCCAUAUGUGUGUAUUACACAUUGUGAGGAGGGAGUUUGUUAACUUCGUCUGUGUUCUAAUGAACAAACUAUUAAAUUAUACUGUGGGGGAAUCAGUGCAAACCCAAGUGCUCUUUCUAAUGUGAUUCAGAUUCCUUCAAAUCUUUAUUUUCAUAGGAAAUGUGUUCAUCUUGCAUCACGCUGUACUACCUUAAUACUGUAUGAGGACUGACUUGUAACAAAAAAGGAUAUUAUGGACAAUUUUCACUACCCUGUGAUGUCUCUCAGUGUUGAGCUAUGGCCCAGAAAUGUGCUCAUUGAUGAGUACCUGGUUAUUUUAGAGAGUAAUGCAAUAUGAGUAAUUGUUAUAUGUAAAUAAAUGUAUUAAAUACUUUAUUUAUUUGAAUGUAUACUUUUCUGUGUAUAGGGAAGUGAAUAUUGCUGCAGUUGUUGAAUUGUUGAAUGUGCAAUGUUGAAUUUUUAAUAAAUAGUUGAGUAAAA